UAUAGUGGCAUCAUCAAAAUCUAUCAAAAUUGGAGACUAACAAGAUUGCCAUGAGGAAACGUUUUUAUCCUGCACACGUUCAGGCCACCAUGCGUGAUGAAUUCAUACAUUUGAAACAGAUGGGCAUGAGUGUCCAGGAAUAUCACAAUAAAUUCGUGGACCUUGCGCCAUUUGCGAAAACAAUAGUGCCUGAUGAAAGCACCAAAGUUGAGAAAUUUAUCUACGGAUUAAACUAUGAUACGCAGAAAAUCGUCGCUGUUUUGGGUUGCCAAACUCUGACUGAAGCUUAUGAUAGAGUUGCAGUUCACUAUCGAGUUCAGCAACUACAAAGAGAGAGGAACCAGAAGAUGAAGAGGGACGAAGAUGGAGGUCGAGGAGAAAAGAGGGUCAGAGUGCACCCACCUACACAGCAACAAGAAGGGAGGAGGAGGAGAGAUGACCAAGGUGGAAGAAAUUUCCACGGUCAAAACCAACAAAAUGAUCGAAGAGUUUCUCCCAGAGAUAGACACUUCUACUGCAAGAGGUGCGGGAGAGAUCAUCCUGGUGUUAAUUGCGAUGGAAGCCUGACAAAAUAUUUCAAUUGUGGGAAGCUAGGGCACCGAACCUUCGAGUGUCUCUCAAAGACCAAUGGGGCACCAGUGCACCAGGUGCAAUACCGUGAUGGAGGAAGGCCAGAUAUGAACCAAGCUGGGCCAAAUGGAGGACAAAAUAACAACAACAAUGCCGCCGCCAACAACAACAACCGCAACCCUCGAGGAGGAGGGGAGAAUAAUCGUGGCAAUGGCAAUGGCGGGAACAAUGGCAACGGCGGAAACAACGGCAACCGUCCGAACCAAGGGCGAAUCAUGGUGAUGAAUCAGGCCCAAGCCAAUGCUAAUGAUGUGGUUUCAGGUACAUUCCUUGUAAAUUCUGAGCCUGCUUAUGUUCUAUUUGAUUCUGGUGCUUCUCACAGUUUCAUAUCUUCUAGUUUCGUUAAGAAAUUGAAGAUUGAACCAACGGCUAGAAUAGACUUGAAUGUAAGAACUGCCUCAGAUAAAUUCAUAACUUGUGGAAAUGUAUACUCCAACAUUUCCAUACUCAUAUCCGAAUCCAACCUACCUGGAGAUUUAAUCCAAUUUGACUUAAAAGAUAUAGACAUAGUGCUGGGCAUGGAUUGGUUGGGGAAAUACAAAGUCAGGAUCCUCUGUGAUGAACAGAAGGUGAUCUUGAAGGGUCCAAAUGGGAAGCGAAUAUCUUACAAAGCAAUCACAUCCAAGCCUAGUAUGAGGCUGAUGACUAUGCAACAAUUAAGGCGACAUAUCCGAAAGGGGUAUGAAGCAUACCUGUGCUUUAUGAAAGAGGUGAAUACAGGGGAGCCAAACAUUGACCAAAUUGCCGUAGUCAAUGAAUUUCCGGAUGUAUUUCCGGAAGAGAUUCCAGGGAUGCCACCCGAGAGAGAAGUUGAAUUCUCAAUUGAGUUGAUGCCCGGAACCGCGCCAAUUUCAAAAGCACCUUACCGGAUGGCACCGAAAGAAAUGCAGGAGCUGAAGGAACAACUAGAGGAGUUGUUAGAGAAGGGGUACAUAAGACCGAGUGUCUCACCUUGGGGCGCUCCGGUCUUAUUUGUCAAAAAGAAAGAUGGGAGUCUAAGGCUAUGCAUCGAUUACCGAGAGUUGAAUCAAGCAACUAUCAAGAACAAGUAUCCAUUGCCCCGAAUUGACGACUUGUUUGAUCAAUUGAAGGGGGCUAGCACAUUCUCUAAGAUAGACUUGCGCUCUGGAUAUCAUCAAGUGAGAAUAUCCGAAAAAGAUGUACCAAAAACAGCAUUCCGCACGAGGUAUGGACACUACGAGUUCACUGUGAUGCCGUUUGGUUUAACAAAUGCACCGGCGGUAUUCAUGGACUUAAUGAACCGUGUAUUCCGACCUUAUCUUGAUACAUUUGUGGUGGUAUUCAUCGAUGAUAUUCUUGUGUAUUCAAAAACCCCGGAGGAUCACGAGAAACACUUGAGACUCACGUUACAAACUUUGAGAGAGAACCAGUUGUAUGCCAAACUCUCAAAGUGUGACUUCUGGCAGGAUCGGGUAGCGUUCUUGGGUCACAUCAUCACCCAGGAAGGCGUAUCCGUAGAUCCAUCGAAGAUUGAAGCGGUGGUUGAAUGGCGUGCACCUACCUCGGUCACAGAGGUAAGAAGUUUCUUGGGUCUAGCGGGAUACUAUAGGAGAUUUGUUAAAGAUUUCUCCAAGAUAGCAAGACCGCUAACCAAUCUGACAAAGAAGACAACCAAGUUCCAAUGGAAUGAAGAUUGUGAAGCAGCAUUCCAAGAGUUGAAGAAAAGACUCACAACUGCACCGGUCUUGACACUACCGUCAGGGACGGAGGGAUUUGAUAUUUAUAGUGAUGCCUCCAAAAAGGGGUUGGGGUGUGUGCUAAUGCAAAAUAGGAAAGUGGUGGCUUAUGCAUCAAGACAACUAAAGGUGCAUGAAGUCAAUUAUCCUACCCAUGACCUGGAGUUAGCUGCAGUAGUGUUUGCUUUGAAAAUCUGGAGACAUUACCUAUACGGAGCACAUUGUAAGAUAUACACUGACCACAAAAGCUUGAAGUACAUAUUCACUCAAAAAGAGCUUAACAUGAGGCAAAGAAGAUGGCUCGAGCUUAUCAAUGAUUACGAUCUAGAAAUCCAAUACCACGAGGGAAAAGCUAACGUGGUGGCGGAUGCUUUGAGCCGGAAAUCUGAGCACUCAUGCCGAGCAACAUGGAUAUUACCAGAAGAACUAUUCCGAGACUUCCAAAGAUUGAGCUUGGAAGUAAAGCAAUAUGGCGAAGUAGAUGGUGAAAUACAGUUAUGUUCUAUGACUGUUAUACCAUCUAUCUUUGACGAAAUCAAGAACGGACAACCGGGAGAUGUAAAGCUCGAAAGAAUCAAGGAAGGAAUGAAAGAUGGCGUCAACGGACCAUUUAAGGUACAUGAAGAUGGGAGCAUCCGAUACAAGGGAAGGUGGUGUGUUCCACUGAAGUGUGCAGAUAUUAAAAAACAAAUCAUGGAGGAGGGACACAACACGCCCUACUCGGUACAUCCCGGGGGAGACAAACUAUACAAAGACCUCAAACAGAACUUUUGGUGGCCGGGAAUGAAGAAAGAAGUAGCUGAAUUUGUAUCCCGAUGUUUGAACUGCCAAAAAGUCAAAGCGGAGAGAUGCAAACCCAAGGGACUCGUGCAACCCUUGGAAGUACCAACAUGGAAAUGGGAUUCAAUCUCAAUGGACUUUGUCGGGGGUUUACCUUUAACAAAGUCCGGGAAAGAUAAAAUUUGGGUGGUAGUGGAUAGAUUGACCAAAACUGCAAGGUUCAUUCCUAUGAAUGAAACCUGGAGCAUGGAGAAACUGGCUAAAGCCUAUGUCAAACACGUGGUCAAACACCACGGAGUACCUCAAGACAUCGUAUCGGACCGAGAUUCACGAUUCUUAUCCCAAUUUUGGAAAGAAUUACAAACGGCUAUGGGAACAAAAUUGAAGUUAAGUACUGCUUUCCAUCCAACCACGGACGGACAGACCGAAAGAACAAUCCAAACAUUAGAAGACAUGUUGAGGGCAUGUGUUCUUGAUUUGCAAGGAUCAUGGGAUGAACACCUAGACUUGGUAGAGUUUUCGUACAAUAACAGUUACCAUGCUAGCAUCGGAAUGGCCCCAUACGAAGCUCUAUAUGGUCAAAAGUGUAGGAGUCCCUUAUGUUGGGGUGACAUGGUCGAUCAGGUGGUUCUAGGACCACAAUACUUGCAAGAUACUAUUGAGAAAAUCAAAGUUAUCCAAGAAAGGAUGAAGGCUGCCCAAGACCGACAGAAAUCAUAUGCCGAUCUUGGGAGGAAACCAGCUGAAUUCGAACUAGGGGAGAAAGUUCUACUCAAAGUCUCUCCUACAAGGGGUGUAAUGAGGUUCGGGAAGAAAGGGAAACUAAGCCCGAGAUUCAUCGGACCCUAUGACAUCCUAGAGAAGGUGGGAAAAGUGGCAUAUCGAUUAGCUCUACCCACGGAGUUGGAUAAGGUAACAACCGAUUUGAAAUCAAAUACUUCUCUACGAUUAAAAUACAUUCUUAACAUACCGAUAUAUGCUAGGUACAUAACGUCUUUCACGUAUCACAAUUAAAGAAGUAUGUUCGAGAUGAGUCACAUAUCAUCAAUCCGGAGGUAAGAAAUCCUAGACUUAACAUGAGCCAAACGUAAAUUGAAAAGAAUAUAAGUUAACCGUUAUAUUAUUAGGUGAUUGAAAUGGAUGAGACAUUAUCCUACGAAGAAAAACCCAUAGAGAUUCUCGAUACUAAGACCCGAGAGACAAGGAAGAAGACAGUUAAGAUGGUAAAAGUACUUUGGUCAAACCAUUUGACCGAGAAUGCAACAUGGGAGACAGAAGAGGAUAUGCGUAAACGGUAUCCUGAACUUUUCAAUUAAGGUAAAUAUUCGGUUACGAGGACGUAACCUUUCUUUUAGGGGGGCAGGUUGUAAUAUCUUAUAAACCUGUAAUACUUCAUCUUCAUACUCAAUUCUUGUCUUAGUUUAUGCUUCGAGGACGAAGCAUUCUUUAAGGAGGGUAGAAUGUGAUACCUUGGAAAUUUGAAAUAAAAAUAAAUAAACAAAUCAGAUAAGUUAUAUCUGAUCAAUCAAAUGAAAGUAAUACCAAAAUAUAUUUUUAUUAUACUUGGUGUAUAAAAAUAUACGCACACUACAUGCAAUAGAAUUAAACACUUAUGUGGCAUCAGAAAAAUAAAAUAAAAUAAAAAUAAAUCAGAUAAAAUAUAUCUGUCAGAGUAAAUGGAAAUAA